AGUUACAAAGGGCAACCUCAGCUUUCGAUCAACGACUGGUGAACGAUGUUUAUGCUUGUGUAGCUAAACUAGUUUGCUAGAAAAAAUCAAAUAAAAUGUGCCUUUAGUGUAACAAGUGAUCGUUUUUAGUCUUAUUUGAUUCCUUAAUCAACCUUUAAGCUUUUAAGUGGUUUAGUGAUUCGCUAGUUAAGCCAGUUAGCUUUAUCCUGAAGGUAAACGUCGUGUAGUGAGACAUGGGGUCGUCUAAAAAACACAAAGAAAAGGAUAAGGACAAGGAAAAGGAUCGGGACCCGGAGGAGCGGCAUCGGGAACACAAAAAACACCGACACAAGGAUCGGGAAAGGGAUAAAGAGCGCGAUAAAGACAAGGAGAAGAGGAAGAGAUCUCGCUCCCGGGACAGGAGCAGUCGGGCUGCGGAGAAGGAGAGCAGGAGCAGAGGGGAGAAGAGCAGCGCAGAGCCGAGGGUGAAGAGAGAGAAAGCAGACCCCGGCUAUGAAGAGACUGAAGAUGCAGGACCCAAAUCAGCAGCGGGGGACGCUUCCCUCAGCAUCGAGGAGACCAAUAAACUGAGAGCUAAACUGGGUCUGAAGCCCCUUGAGCUGAAUGAGGCCAAAAAAGAACUGGGCACCAAGGAGGAGCCGAUGCUGGCCGAAGUGAUCAACCCCGUACAGAUCAGACAGCAGACUGAGAUCAGAGAGAAGCUGGCUGCGCUUAAAGAGAAACGUCUGCUCAAUCAGAAACUUGGCAAAGUAAAGACGCUCGCAGAUGACGAUCCUUGGCUUGACGAUGCUUCAGCCUGGGUAGAGAAGAGUCGCAAACUUGCGAAGGAGAAGGAGAUGGCAGAGAAGAGGGCCAAGCUACUGGAAGAGAUGGAUGAAGAGUUCGGUGUCAGCAACCUGGUGGAACAAGAGUUUGCGCAAAGAAAAAUGGAGGCAUACGGUUCAAAGGAUCUCAAAGGACUUACCGUCCAGCACAAAAUGGCAUCCUUUAAAGAGGGCGAGACGGUCAUUUUGACUCUACAAGACAAAGGUGUCCUGGAGGAGAAGGAGGACGUGCUGGUGAACGUCAACAUAGUGGACCGAGAGAAAGCAGAGAAAAACGUGGAGCUUAAGAAGAAGAAGCCUGAAUACAAACCGUAUGACGAAGAGGAGAGCGUGGACGACAUGGUCACGUUCAAGCCAAAGUCUAUCCUGUCCAAGUAUGAUGAAGAGUUGGAGGGUGAGAAGAAGAAGAGCUUCCGGCUCAGUGCAGGGGGUUACGCUUCAGGGGACAGAGAGCGUGAACUGCAGGCCAUCAAAGACACACUGCGGAAUCAGGCCCAGUCUCUGGACAUGCCGGCUCUCGCUGUGGCCUCGGAGUACUACACCUCUCAGGAGAUGGUGGGUUUUAAGAAGACCAAACGACGUGUGAAGAAAAUCAGGAAGAGGGAGAAACCCGUCAAGGCUGAGGACCUCCUUACAGACGACUCUCGCAGCACAGAUUUCGGCUCCAGGUCACGAGGCCGAGGCAGAAAGCAGAUAGAUGGUGAAGAGAUGGAAGACUCUCCUAAAGAUGAGAGCAGCAGUAAAGUCGACACACUGCAGCAGUCUGAUGACAUCCGAACAGCUGACAUGGACAUCAGCGACGAUGAGGAUUUUUUCCCACCGGAGCCUGAAGCCAUCGAAGAGGACGAGGCAGAGCUGGAGCUACAAAAACAACUAGAGAAACAGAGGAAGCUUAAACAGAAGCAGCUGCUGAAAGACUCAGGAGAAAAGGUUAUGGAACAACUGCAAGUUAUGGAGAAAGUUGGAGAAGACGCCGCUGAUGAUCCGGACAAGAAAAACAACAUCGUCUUUAACGCCACGUCCGAGUUCUGCCGGACGCUGGGAGACAUUCCUACCUACGGCCUGUCAGGGAACCGAGAGGACCAGGAGGACCUCAUGGACUUCGAGCAGGAGGAAGAGCGAGAUGGAGCUGGAGGCUCCGAUUCAGACAUGGAUGAUAAAGUGGGCUGGAGCACCGUCAAUCUGGACGAGGAGCAGAAGCAGCCGGAUUUUGCCACUGCGUCAACCACCAUUCUGGACGAAGAGCCCAUCGUCAACUCUGGCCUGGCGGCUGCUUUGCUGCUGUGCAAGAACAAAGGGCUUCUGGAUACUCAAGUGCAGAAGGUGGCUCGAGUCCGUGCUCCUAAAGGAGCUCUGCCAAAUGAUAACUACUGCAUUGAAGAUAAGAUGGCCAUUGAUGACAAAUACAGCCGGAGAGAAGAAUACAGAGGCUUCACUCAGGAAUUCAAAGAGAAGGAGAGUUAUAAGCCCGAUGUUAAGAUUGAAUACGUGGAUGAGUCCGGGCGCAAGCUUACCCCUAAAGAGGCUUUCAGACAGCUAUCCCAUCGUUUCCAUGGCAAAGGAUCUGGAAAGAUGAAGACUGAGAAAAGAAUGAAAAAACUGGAGGAGGAGGCGUUGCUGAAGAAGAUGAGCAGCAGCGACACUCCUCUAGGUACCGUGGCCCUGCUGCAGGAGAAACAGAAGUCCCAGAAAACUCCCUACAUUGUCCUCAGUGGUAGUGGGAAGAGCAUGAAUGUGAAUACCAUUACCAAGUAGACGCAAGUAUGAUCGACAUUGUCUUGUACAGUGGAACAUAUUCUCUUCAGCAAAUAAAAACACGCAGUGGUGUGUGUGAGUGAGUGAGAGUGUGUGUGUGUGUGUGUGUGUAUACAGACAUUGUCCUAUGUUUAAAUUUCAUGCUUUAAAAAUCUCUCCUUGUCUCAUUUUUUUUCCUAUUAAAACCUCUUCGCUUUAAACCAGA